AACGUCAGUGCUCUCAUCAGAGUGAGUUGAUGCCCUACCCAACACAAAUAGAGCAGUGAUUAUUAGAUACAAUCAGACAAACUCUGCUUGAGAUCAUUUUUAUUCAGUUUUGUAUUUUUGAUGCAGUCUCCAUCUGAUUGUCACCUGCAUGAUUUGGAGAGCUGUGCUGCUUUGGAUGGAGAACAAAACCAUGGUGUCUCCUCUCAAGCAGCCGAUUGUUUUCGAACUCCAGGGCUUUGAUGUACAACCAGGCAACGGACCUUUCUUGUUUUUCUUGGCUUUGCUCGCCUACGUAGUGGUGCUACUGGGGAACGGUGUGGUGAUCUCUGUUAUUAUGAUAGACAAGAACCUGUACAGACCCAUGUUUAUAAUGAUCUGUCACCUGGUGGUCUGUGAUCUGCUGGGCGCCACAAUGGUGCUUCCUCGUCUCAUGAUGGAUUUGUUGAUGGGAAUAAAGAAGAUUACCUACAUUUCAGCCAUCGCCCAAGCCUUCUGUGCUCACACAUAUGGUGCAGCAAUGCUGACUAUUUUAAGUGUGAUGGCCUAUGACAGGUACAUCGCGGUGUGUGAACCUCUCAGGUAUCACUCCAUCAUGACUUCAGCCCGGCUGCACAGCUGCUGCGCUCUGGCCUGGAUGGUGGCCCUGCUGCUCAUCGCUGUGCUCUUCUCCUUCCACAUGAACGUCCCGCUGUGUGGCCAAAUUAUUCAACAUGUCUACUGCAGCAACCGGGGCAUCCUAAACCUGGCCUGCAUUCCCACUCCUGUCAGCAACAUUUAUGGUCUAGCUAUGACAUGGUCUUUAAGUUCAGUGACCUUCAUUCUCAUCGCUUUUUCCUACAUCAGAAUCCUGAGUACUUCCUUAAAACAAGGAGGCAAAGACAGUUUCCUCCGUAGCAAAGCCUUUCAGACCUGUGCACCACACAUUGUUGUGUAUGUGCUAUUUCAAAUUGCUUCAUUGAUUAUCAUUUUAAGUCACAGGUUUCCCUCUCUUUCCCAAAACACCAGGAAGUUUUUCAGCAUCCUUCUCUUUAUCAUCCCCCCUAUCAUUAACCCCAUUAUAUAUGGACUGGUCAGUAAAGACCUGAGGGUCAGCUUUAUCAAACAUUUCUCCAUCAGAGUAAGAAACAAAUCUUAACCGACUCACACUGAAGCUGGUGUUCUUAGAUGUUUUGUCUCUUGCACUGGAGCUGAUGCUUCUUCUCGGUGUGUGUUCCUAGGCCUCCACAUUCACCCCCCACAGACAACCACAUAGAUUAUUGCUUAGCUUCCGUGAACCCCUACAUAAGAUUGGUGAAUCCCAACCCUUUUGAUCAUUGAAUUAAAGAAAAUUAAACAUCAUCAAGCCAAAUCACAAACCCCUCAACGACACCAAAGCACCUCAACAAACUUUUUUUUUUUAAAUAUAAAGAACAGGAGAAAUCAUAAUUUAUUUUUACCUGAAACUGAGUUUGAAGUGAUAAAGUAGUUUUUUUUUAUAAUCAGCUGUGUUUUCCGGCAACAAACAAUCAUAGCUUUGAUUAAAAAUAGACUAGCAGCUGUAAACCAGCUGUUAACCUUAAACUGAGACUGCUUCUCUGAUUUAAAACAUCUUCCUGACUUUUAUUUAUCUGUAUUGACUAAACAGUAUAUUAUAUUUCUUUUUAAUUGUUUAUUAUUUACAGAUCAUUGUAAUGAAGUUUUACAUUAAAACUGCAGAACAAGACUCGGUGAAGCAGCAUUAAACAUGGUUACAACAACAUUCCUUCUACGCAGGGAUUUUGAGGAGUCUGUUUAAGAUGAUGCUGAGGGAAAUGACCUAGUCUGUAAGACUGGAUCUGAGGACCUGGAAUGACAACUAAAAACAGAAGGCAAUUUUCAAAUUUUAUUAAGCAAUUCUUGACAGCAGGGGCUCUGGGAUAAAGUCUGGCAGACCCAGGGUUUAGAAUAGGAGGCCAAAGAUUAGUAACUUGGCAAAAAGUGGAUUGAAAAAAAUGGGUAACAGAGCUCCUGCUCCAGAGAAACGUCCAGGUUGGUCUGGAUGAGCUUGAUGGAAGUCAUUGAUGAAUUCCUUAUCAAAAAUGUAUCUGGCACGAAUCCAGAAUUGUUCCUCCCGGUCAGGUCCCUCCUAGUCGACCAGAUAAUGAAGACCAUGUUCUUUGAUUCAGAUCUGUGAGAUAACAUGAAAUUAAAUGUGCUGAAAAUUAAUGCCCAUCUGGCCUGAUGUGGUUUGAGUCUUUUAGCACAUUCUAUGUACUCCAAAUUCCUAUUAUCUGUCCACUCAAGAAAAGGCAUAGCUUCCAGCCUGUCUCCACUCCUCCAUGGCUGGUUUAACAGCCAACCUCCCAUGGUCCCCUACAUCAUAAUUCCUCUCUGCAAAAGAUAAACUUCCAGAAAAUAAGUCACAUGGAUGAAUCCAAAUGUCAUCGAAGUUGUGUUGAACAUUGCACCAAUAGCAAUAUCUGAGACAUCUACUUUUACAAUUAAUUGUUUACUGGAAUGGGUAAUGGAGAACAGGUACUGACAUGAACUGUCUCUUAAAUGCCUGAUCUGCCUGCUCAUCUUAUGUGAACUGGAGAGGAGAAGCAACUUGGCUGUUGUUCUUAAUAAACCUGCUGUAGAAGUUGGCAAAACCUAAAAAUCAUUGCAAUUGCCAUCUCUCCUUUGGUUCUGGCUUGUUAGCUGCUGCAGAAACUUUCUCGGGAUCCAUGGAGAUCCAAUUAGAGUAAAUAAUAAAUCCUAAGAAUGACAUUGUAAAACAGUGAAACUCAUAUUUAUCUUCCUUAAUAAACAAGUUAAUCUGCAGGAGCUGAAGGAGAACUGAUCUAACAUGUUUCCUGUGGGUUUAAAGAUCUUUGGAACAGAUGAGAAUAUUAGGACAGACAACUCUGAAGAUCUUUAACCAGUGCUUAGAUGACAGCCAGAGAAUUGGAUAAACCGAAGGGCAUAUCCCAUAGGGGUAUUGAAUGUGGUCUUCCAUGCAUCCUCUUGAGGGUCCGACUUUCUUAUAACCCCUGUGAUUGUGCAAUAUACCUUCUGCCUGGUACAUUUCCACUGAAGGGUUGACUUUUUCCUCUUUUUCCUCCAGAAAAGACAGCCAUGCAGAAAUAAAUUGAUGACUCUUAAGAGCUAUAAUUUAUCCAUCUUCAUCAAUGGCUGGAGCAGGCUUCUUUCUUUGUCAGCAUGAAAGGUGGUUCUUUGUUUCCAUGCAUUGACAACCGGGGGCUUGCUAUUAUAAUGGUUAAGAAUCGUCAUCCUCCCAGUUUAUGGACGCCGUUCGAUUUAAUCCAGGGCACAUGCUUAUUCACCAAGCUGGAUCUGAUGAGCGCAUAUCCCUUGGUCAGGUCAGGAUGAGUCUCGUUCAAAAGUUCUGUAUCAGAUGGAGGAGAAGCGUUGCAAAGACAAAUGGAUAAAAAAUGUUUGACCAGCGCAGUAUCUCCCACUUGCAACAGUAAAUGUGGGGAUUGUGAGAUUUGAGCCUCAAGGCUUCAAGAUAACUGGCAGAUCUGGAGAAUAAAUGAGAAGGUGACCUUUGCUACAUAAUUCAUUGCUCUUCCACCAGCUACCAACAGCUACUCAUGAAAGUCAAUGAUGUAAUCGGUUACUCUUCUAUAGCCUUGUUUCAAAGUUAGGAGACCCCUAGUAGCCUCUUUAUCUGGAAUAAUGGAAUCAAACCCAUAGGAGAGUUCUCUUGUAGUCUCGGAAUGAAUAAAAAAUCUUUGUCCUCUGACCACUCUGCAGGGCCCCACAAUUUAGUAUGGUCUGAUAAUAAAGAAAUGGCAUUAGCCACUUUAGACUUUUCAGUGGAAAUGUAUGUGGGUCAGAGAUCAAAAAUAAUCUCACACUGUCUCAGAAAGGAUCUGCACUGUUUAGGAUGUCCUCUGAGCGACUUGCCUGUUAAGAUUCUCAUCUUGCCCUGCCCUCACUGGCAUCAGCAUUCUUUCGCUGGUCACAUUUUUGACUGUUCUCUGGUUUUGAUUUCUGCCUCGGUCCUUGGACUUCAUUUUGGUUUUGCUGCUCUACUGUGUAUGACCUCUGUCCAUGUCACGAAUCUGGGUUAAAUCAACAGACAAUAGGGAUGCUGGACAAAACUCACCAAAGGCUUCUUAGACAAUGAUCUGGCAAAGUGCAGGAGACAGAUGCAGGUAUAAGUAGAGGAGUGAGCAGGUGAAUAGAGUGAAACUAGU